UAUACAACAACGUACGAAUUAUCAUUUUGCAAAGCUGUAAAAAUGGCGGCUGAUAACGUGAAAAUUACUACCGACACCACUUUGGAGACAGAAUUAGUUAACGCUGGCUCAAAAUUAGUCGUGAUAGAUUUCCAUGCGACAUGGUGCGCUCCAUGUAAACGUAUUGCACCUGUAUUUGCUCAAUUAAGUCGUAAAUAUCCCCAAGCAUUGUUUUUAAAAGUAGAUGUCGAUCAAUGUCCAAAUAUGCAACAAAAAUACAGCGUUACUGCAAUGCCCACGUUUGUCUUCUUGAGAUCAAAGGUUGUCAUUGAUAAAAUUCAAGGUGGAGAUCCUAAUGCUUUACAAGAUAAAGUGAAAGAACAUGUUGGUAACAGCAGUAGUGAUGAUGGAGAUGAUGAAGAAGUUAAGGGGCACGGAAGUUUGGCGUCAUUUAUAAAUCCUGCUGGAUGUAAUUGUUUAAAUGAAAGUGACGAUCAUGUCCACUCAAAUGUAUUUAAAAAGGAAGGCGGAUAUUUAGAAAGUGACUGUGAUGAACAGCUUAUUCUAACUAUAGAAUUUAACCAAGCUGUUAAACUUCAUUCAUUAAAGAUUGAUGCACCGAAUGAUGGGCGUGGACCAAAAAUUAUUAAAUUGUUUACAAAUCAACCGAAUGCUGUCGAUUUUGAUCAAGCUGAUCGAAUGGAAGGUGUACAACAGUUAGAGCUCACACCAGAAGAUAUAACUGGGGAAAAGUUAAUUCCACUACGAUUUGUUAAAUUUCAAAAUGUCAGUAAUUUAGUUGUUUUUGUUUUCAAUAACCAAGGAAAAGAGGAGACAACAGCGAUAAACUACAUUAAGAUCAUUGGCAGUCCACUCGAUGCUACAAACAUGAAGGAUUUUAAAAGAGUUGCUGGUAAAGCUGGGGAAAGCCAUUAAUUUUUAGAAAAACAUGAGAAUAUUUAUUUUAAAUUAUAUAUUCAAAUGUGUUGAUAAAAGCCAUGAUUAUUACAGCUUUUUAUCUGUUAUUAAUUCGAAAUAAAUGCAGUUUUUAAAAUAA